AGUUUAAUAGAUUUUUAUGGAUUUUAAAAGUCUGGGUGUAUUCGUUCCAGACUUUUAAAAGUCUGCAGAAAUCUGGGUGUAUUCGUUUAAGACUUUUAAAAGUCCAUAUAAAUCUGGGUGUAUUCGUUUGAGACUUUUUAAAAUCCAUACAAAUCUAGGUGUAUUUGUUAUUCCAUUGACUUAAAAUCCGGAAUGACUUUCAUGGAUUUCAUCCAAAAAAUACACACGACGAAAUCCGGCCAAAAACCACGAGAAUUGAAAUCCAUGAAAUUUUAAGCGAGCGCUGAGUUCCAGCGCCCGCGGCCAAGAAGCCAGCGAGCGCCGGAACUCAGCAUCCGUUGAGAAAGUCCAGCGCUCGUUGGGUUUGAGCGGGCGCUGGGUUCCCAGCGGCCGCUGGGUUGCCGCGGUCGCUGGGCCCAGCGCAUAAACUAAUAAUGCCAGUAACCAGGUAUUCAUUGCAAAAUAGUCCAGCGAGCGCUGGGAACAAAAUAGUCAGGAGCUGGAGGUUUUAAUAAGUAUGGAGGAGUGCUUUAGGAACUACAAGAAUGAUUUGUUCAGUUUCCAGAGCAAGGAGCUGGACAGGGAGUUGGCUACACCAGUCAAAAAGAUCCAAACGUCACAGCAUGUCACUGGCUUUUGUACGGCAGUUAUUUUUGAGGUUUUAGGGCUUGUUACUGUUGAUAGUGAUAUUGUUAAGAGGAUUCUUCCAUAUGUGAGUUCUGGGUUGCAACAUGGUGCAAAGGGAUUGAAUCAGAAGGCUUCAGCUCUAAUGAUUGUGAGUUUACUACCCAAAAGGCAGCUUUGGCACCUAAUGUUGCUAAAAGCUUGUUGCAUUCAGUGGCAGACAUGGCUAGAACAGAUGCAAAGGAAGGACGUGACAUGCGAUGGCUGCGCAUGUCAGUUAUGACCAUAAUCUCAAUA